GAACAAACGUCGUCGGACCGUAUAUUCCAGCGCACGCAGUCACCACAGAAUCCACCAACCGCGCCUUCUCAAACGCUGUCUCAUCCGGCACCUCCUCGCCUCGCCCCGCCCCUCCGCACCGCCCGGCCCGCGCGCCAGGCCGUCGCCCUGGCCCGCCCUGGCCCGCCCGCCCACGCCCAAUUCGAUCGCUCCGUCGCCGCCGCCAGCCAGCCGCUCUGCUCCGUUCCGUUCUCUGGUUCUCUGGCAGCGGCCGGCGGCGCCUCCAACACCAACGAGGGACCUUCCACAGCGCGCGGAGUGAUACACAGGUCCUCGCCGCCAACUUGUCACCGUCCGCCGCGCGAGCUAGCGCCGUGCGCGCGCACCGAUCUCCCGCGCCGACGUCAGUUGGGCGCUGUGCGCGGUUGCGGCGUGGUUGGUUGUUGGGUUGUGUGUUCGGUGCGCUCGCGAGUUGGUUCCGUCGGAGACACGGGACGUCGUCCGCGAAGGUCGUGUGGUCGGCGAGGUUUUUUUAUUGUGAGCGUGUAUUCGCAGCGAGAGCCGGUCGGCCUUUGGCGGGCCCGUGAAACAACUGACGGAGAAAGAAAGUGAACGAAGGCAGAAGAUGAGGCCUACAGCAGGGAGAUGCAGGUCAACGCCCCCGCCGUGGAACAAGAUGGCGCUGCUACUAAUCACAGGUCAGUC